CUGAUUUGUCGUUUUCCAAAAUGAUUUUAAAAUGGUUGACCGUGGUGUCAACUUUAAUCAUUAUACCUCUAAACGACGCACAACCAAACUACAAGGACCUUAACAGCCAUGAUAUUAAACGAAUAUACCAGGGUCUGAUCUUACCCCAGGAUGGGAGUGGGGAACUCUGCCAUCCCAGUGACGAAAAGUGCAACAGACUGCCACAUGAAAGUACGAGUGAAAAGCAGACUGAGGUCCAACUUAGAGAUUGUCCGUACUGGGACAUCAAAUGUCAGAGUAGUAUAAAUAGAUCAGAGAAAGUACCAUUUAUAUCAGGACAGAGCGGGGUCCAACUUAUACAUUGUCCGUAUUGGGACAUCCAAUGUCAGAGUACAUCAGGUAAACUACCAUAUACAUCAGCACAGAGCGCUGGAGCAGAACAGAAUGAUUAUAGAUUAGCGCAGAGGGAUAUCCAAUCCAGAAGUUGUCCGUAUGUCCAAUGCCAAAAUAGUAAUAGUAGAUCAGACAUACUUCAACAGAAUAAUAAUAGAUUAGCGCUAAACGGCGUCCAAUCCAGAAAUUGCCCUUACUUGGAUGUGCAAUGUCAGAAUAGUAUGACUAGAUCAGAAAAACCAAAACAUAAUAAUAAAAGAUUCGCGCAAAUCGAGGUUCAUAAUGGAGGUUGCGCUUACUGGGACGUACAGUGCCAGAGUGGUAUGAGCAGAUCUGACAAACUACCCCGUAGUAGAUCAGCUAACGAUGUUAAAUGGCCUAACUUACCUUUAAAUCAAAUUUUAUUGAAUCGUUACCUAAAUAGUAUGAGUAGAUCAGACAAACUACCAUAUAUUAGUAGAUCAGAAGAACCUAAAGAUUGUCCUUACUGGGAUAUCCCAUGUCAGAUGAGUAGAUCAGAAAAACUACUAGAAACGAACUUACCUUUAAAACAAACGUUAAAGAACAUUGUAUUAAACCGUAAUCUUUUCAGUAUGAGUAGGUCAGACAAACUACCAUAUAAUAGUAGAUCAGGCAAUGAUGUUAUCAUACCUUUCAACCAAAUUUUAUUGAACCGUUACCUAAAUAGUAUGAGUAGAUCAGAUCAACCCAAGGAUUGUCCCUACUGGGAUAUCCCAUGCCAGAUGAGUAGAUCAGAAAAACUACUAGAAACGAACUUACCUUUAAAACAAACGUUAAAGCAAAUUUUAUUAAACCGUGACCUAAACGGUAUGAGUAGAUCAGACAAUGGCGUUAAAUGGACUAAAAUGCCUUUAAAGCAAACUUUAAAGCAAAUUUUAUUAAACCGUGACCUAAACAGUAUGAGUAGAUCAGACAAUGGCGUUAAAUGGACUAAAAUGCCUUUAAAGCAAACUUUAAAGCAAAUUUUAUUAAACCGUGACCUAAACAGUAUGAGUAGAUCAGACAAUGGCGUUAAAUGGACUAAAAUGGCUUUAAAGCAAACUUUAAAGCAAAUUUUAUUAAACCGUAACGAAAAUAGUAUGAGCAGAUCAGGACUUUUAGGGGCUUUAGCUAACCUCGUUGUAGUGGAACCUUUUUCUCUUGUGGCCGCUGUACUGUCACUUUUGUAAAAUAUUAUAACUGUGCUGUGUAUUCCUUUUAAAGUUGAAAUAUAAUUCAUUGUAAAUAUAAACCUAGUGUUUCAACAUAAAUUAGAGUCUUCACAAUGGUCACCCCUCCUGAAAUUUUAAAGUUGUAUAAGCGGAUCACUUUUUUGCCAAUAAUGUCGAAUGACAAUGAAUC